AUCUUUAGUGCUUUAUCAUGGUUAAUAUAAAGUUGGUUAAAAAGUAGGAAAAUGGAAUAUUUAGUAUUAUGAAUAUAUGUAAAACAUUAUUAGAAAUAAUUAAAUUUUUAGUGGUGGCGGAUUAUAUGAUGAAGAAAAUUAUGGGAUUAAGAUUGAUAAAUGGAUUGAAUUGAGAGAUGGAUUUUGGUGGGAUUCACAAGUCAUUUAUAGUGGUCAAUAUAAGAAUGAUAAAAAAGUUGGUAGAUGGGACAUUUUGUUUAAGAGGACUGAUUUAUUCUCAAAAUAUGAAUAAUUGUAAUAAUAAGAAUAAUAUAAACAUUAGGGGUGGAGGAUACUAUGAUGAAAAAGGCUCAUUUAAAUUUGGGAGCUGGACUGAAUUGAGUGAUGGAUUUAACAUUAAUUCUAAAGUUAUUUAUAAAGGAGAAUAUAAAAAUGAUAAAAAAGUUAGUCGAUGGGAUAUAUGGUAUCAAGAGACCAAUUAUGACCAAUUUUAACAGAUGUUAAAAAUAUUAUUCAUAUUUUAAGUGGUGGAGGAUUAUAUGAUUAGACAGGGGAUGGUACUAAGAUUGGAAGAUGGAUUGAGAUAAGUGAUGGAUUUGAAAAUGAUUCAAAAUUAACCUAUAAGGGUGAUUAUAAAAAUGAUAGAAAAGUUGGUAGAUGGGAGAGUUAUUGGAAUUGGUUAGGCAAUAAAAAGAUGUAAAAUUAUGAUGCAAAAAAUGCAUUAGUGCUGAAGGAUAUUACGAUGAAAAAGAUUCAAUUAAGGUUGGAAAAUGGAUUGAGCUAAUAGAUGGGUUUAGUUUAUAUUAGUAAGUCAUAUAUAGUGGUGAAUAUAAAAAUGGCAAGAAAGUUGGUAAAUGGGUAAUUAAACAUAGGGAGAAAGGCAAGGAACAAUUUAUAUAUAUGUAAAAAUGAUAUUAUUUAAAAUUAUACCUAAUAGAGGAGCUGAAUUGUAUGAUGAAGGAGGCGAUGGAAUUAAGAUUGGAAGAUAAAUUUAAUUGUGGGAGAAAUUCAAAGAUGAGUCGCAAGUUUAUUUUUAAGGUGAAUUUAAAAAUGGUCGAAAAGUUGGUAGAUGGGAUAUUUAUUUUAAAUAUGAUUGGAACUUUAAAUUUAUGUUAAAAUAUUGAUUAAAAAUAUAAAGUGGUGGAGGAUCAUAUGAUGAGAAAGGUAAUGGGAUUAAAAAUGGUAUUUGGAAAGAGAUAAACGAUCGUUUUAGGAAUAGUAGUUAAAUACUUGACUAUGGAGAAUAUAUGAAUGGUAAAAAGGUUGGCAUCUGGAUACAAAUAGAUUUAAAGAAGAUUAUAAAACAAAGCGAAAUAAAAAAUGAUAAUU